CUGACAUCAUCGGCAUGUCAAUCUGUUUCGUGUCGAAUUUCUGCUUCCUCUUUCUUUUUCUUUACGUCGUCGCCUCCGAUACGCGUCGCUUUUGGCAAGUGACCGACUUUCAUCACGAUCCCAACUACACGACGGUCGGAGAUCCAGGAAACGUCGAUAACCGGCGCAUGUGCCAUCGUACAGCCGACUACAGGUCGAAUUCGUCGGCCGGACGGUUCGGCAAUUAUCUCUGCGAUGCGCCGUGGAGUCUGGUUGAGGCGGCCGUCGAGGGGAUGAAAGAAAUCGAGCCAAAUCCCGAUUUUAUCUUGUGGACAGGAGACGACCCACCUCACGUCCCGGUACCAACCCUCAGCAGUCCCAAAGUACUCGACAUCAUACGCAACAUCACCGGUCUCAUUCGUCGACACUUUCCCGACACUCGCGUCUUCCCUGUUCUCGGCAACCACGACUACUACCCAAAAGGCCAAAUGCCUCCAGACAAUCAAAACGAUCCGAUAUAUGAAGCCAUAGCCAACAUGUGGGUCGGAGAUCAAUGGAUCGGGAGUUCAGAAACCGAAUCAUUCGACACAUUCAGACGAGGAGGAUUCUACGAAUCGACAUAUGAACCACCGAAUGGCGGACAGACGUUACGAAUGGUCGGACUCAAUACGGUUUACUAUUAUCAUCAGGAUCUACUGACGAAAGACGUCGAGGAUCCGGCCGGUCAACUUGAAUGGUUGACGUCAGUGUUUGGUGACGCUCAAGAGAAAGGUCAAAAAGUCUAUCUCUUUGGGCACGUUCCACCAGGCAUGUUUGAACGGAAGCGAAACACCAACUGGUUCUAUCUCGAUUUCAACGUUGUGCUUACCCAAUUUAUUAUUGACAGUAGUGACGUCAUUGCUGGUCAGUUCUUUGCCCAUCAGCAUUCAGACAGCUUCAAGCUCUUUUAUGGUGUGAACGAUGAUGGAAAGGGUAGCGGAGUGAUAGGAGUGCCUGCAGGUGUUAUGUAUCUUGCACCGUCGGUGACACCCUGGAAGACGACGUUGAAUGGUGUGAGCGCCAACAAUCCGUCGAUACGUUUGUAUGAGUACGACGCAACGACAGGAGCUGUAGUCAAUAUACAACAAUACUAUAUGAAUCUCACUGAAGCCAAUGUCGAUGGAACGGCGAAGUGGGAGUUGGAGUACAGUGCGACCGCUGCGUAUGGGCUACACAACGUCAACAGCAGUUCGAUUGGCUCAUUGGUCGAAAGCUUUCUGACUAAUCAGAGUCUCUUUAAUAUGUACUACGAAUACAACUCUGUGAGUUAUGCGGACGAACCUUGUGAUGACGAUUGCAAGACGACUCAGAUAUGCUCGAUUAUGUGUCCGUUGUAUGACCAAUAUGCAUCAUGCUUGAACGACCCUCAAAACGCCCGUCAACUGUGUUCGCUCAGAGUCACUCAGUCUGGACCUUCUGACUUUCCAGUUUACGCAGAUGUUUUGAUUGGAGUUGGAGCCGGUCUGAUUAUUUGUGUAUUUGUCUUCGUAUUGCUAUGGAAGGAGGGUAGACAGAGAAGAAAAAUGAUUUUUAGAGUGGACAGUAAAGAGCCAUUACUUUCUCCGACUGACCCAGACUAGAGCAGAUGAAUGCGUUAUGAACAUUUUAGAGCUCGAGACUUGCAUGGUCUCUGCUGUGCAUUGUGGUCAUUUUAAUAUUUUAUUUUAUGUAGGGAACUUCUUGUGAUAAUUUAAGAUUUAGGGUCUCACGUUGAUGUGGUCACAGUAGACGACAUCAGGGACGGAUUGAUAAAACAGCAGACAAUAUCUCUUGUUAUUUGAAUAUUAGCAAACUGUGCCUACUCUA